UUCAAAGGACACAAGCCCUGCCCUUGAGUCUGCCGGCGAGAGCGAAGCAGCUUUCUUUAUCAGGUGGAGGUUCUGCUGGGAGUCGGCCACUGCAGCCUCGGUCAGCCUGGGAAACACUUUCUUCUGCUGGAGCUCGUCCACCAACCAGAGCCAAGAUGCCCAAAACAGUCAACGUCCGCGUCACCACGAUGGACGCAGAGCUCGAGUUCUCCUUCCACCCCAACACCACAGGGAAGCAGCUCUUUGACCAGGUUGCCAGAACCAUCGGCCUUCGUGAGAUCUGGUACUUCGGGCUGCAGUUUGUUGACGCCAAAGGAUUCAUCACAUGGCUGAACCCUGAAAAGAAGGUGAUGGCCCAGGAUGUGAAGAAGGAGACUCCCCUGCAGUUCAAGCUGAAGGCCAAGUUUUACCCGGAGGACGUGACCGAGGAGCUGAUCCAGGACGUCACCAGGAGGCUCUUCUUCCUGCAGGUGAAGGAGGGCAUCCUGGGAGAGGAGAUCUACUGCCCUCCAGAGUCUGCCGUGCUGCUGGCUUCCUACGCCAUCCAGGCAAAGUACGGGCAGUACAACAAGUCAGUGCACCACCCGGGCUACCUGUCCUCCGAGCGCCUGCUGCCCAAAAGAGUCCUGGAACAACACAAGCUGUCCAAGGAGCAGUGGGAGGACAGAAUCCAGGUCUGGCACGACGAGCACGGAUCGAUGCUGAAGGAAGAGGCCAUGAUUGAGUACCUGAAGAUCGCUCAGGACCUGGAGAUGUACGGCGUCAACUACUUUGAGAUCAAGAACAAGAAAAACACAGACCUGUGGCUGGGAGUCGACGCUCUGGGACUCAACAUCUAUGAGAAGGAGGACAGGCUGUCUCCAAAGAUUGGAUUCCCCUGGAGUGAAAUCAGGAACAUUUCUUUCAAUGACAAGAAAUUUGUCAUCAAGCCCAUAGACAAGAAAGCCCCUGAUUUUAUUUUCUAUGCUCCACGGCUGCGAGUUAACAAGCGCAUCCUUCAGCUGUGCAUGGGCAACCAUGAGCUGUACAUGCGCCGCCGCAAGACCGACACCAUUGAGGUUCAGCAGAUGAAGGCUCAGGCCAAAGAGGAGAGGCUGCAGAAGAAGAUGGAGAGGGAUCAGCUGGAGAGUGAGAAGAAGAAGAGGGAGGCCAUCGAGAGAGAGAAGGAGCAGAUGGAGAGGGAGAAGCAGGAGCUGAUGAUGAGGCUCUACGAGUUUGAGGAGACGACCAAGAGAGCAGAGAGAGAGCUUCAGGAGCAGCUGGACCGGGCCAUGAGGCUGGAGGAGGAGAGGAGGAGGGUGGAGCAGGAGGCGGCCCGGCUGGAGGCUGAGAGGAUGGAGGCCAUAAUAGCCAAGGAGGAGCUGGCCAGGCAGGCUGAGGACCAGAUAAAGAGCCAGGAGCAGCUGGCUGCAGAGCUGGCCGAGUACAGCGCCAAGAUCUCUCUGCUGGAGGAGGCCAGAAGAGUCAAGGAGGAGGAGGCUGAGUCAUGGCACAGCAAGGCUAAGGAAGUGGAGGAGAGUCUGAUCAAGACAAAGGAGGAGCUGCACAGUGUCAUGAGCUCCACUAACUCGGCUCCUGCAGCCGCUCCUGCUUCCUCCUCCUCCUCCUCGGACAGCGAGAGCGACCAUGAGCACAGCGAGGAGAACAGCACCUACAGCGCUGAGCUGCAGACGCAGGGCAUCAACGACCACCGCCAUGAGGAGGAGAGGCUGACCGAGGCCGAGAAGAAUGAGCGCCUGCAGAGACAACUCAAGGCCCUGAGCUCAGAGCUGGCACAAGCCCAAGACGAGAACAAGAAGACCCAGAACGACCUGCUCCAUGCCGAGAACGUCCGGGUCGGCCGCGACAAGUACAAGACCCUGCGUCAGAUCCGUCAGGGCAACACCAAGCAGAGGAUUGAUGAGUUUGAGGCCUUGUAGAAACCUCAGAGACCUGAAGAUCUCUCCCCAAAUACCUCAUUGUUUCUCCCUCCCUCCCUCUUUUAAUUUAAAGUGUGUUGUAAUUGCAGUCCACACCUGAUCUUAAAGACCCAGUGAAAGCACAGAGCUGAUAAUGGUACCAUCAUGGGUUUUAUCAGUUUAACUUCUGCUUGAAAGCACUGUGUUUUGGUUUGUUUUUUUCUUUGUAACCCUCAAGCAUCUCCAGUGUGCCAUUAAAACACACAGUAAUGCUA